AUGAGGUUUUACGAAAAUGGAAACUUGUAUCAAUAUCUUGACGAUGCUAUGGGAUACCUUUGUUGGAGAGAUAUCGUUGAUAUGCUCUGGGGAAUUGCUAAUGGGCUUGAACGAAUUCAUGAACAUGGACUUUAUCAUGGUAAUCUUCAUGGUGGAAAUUUAUUAGUAGAAAAUGAACCAGAGUCAAUUGAUACAAGAAUUGCCGAUGUCGGAUUACACGGCCCUCCUUCCAGAUCAAAAAACUCUAUAAAUUAUGGUGUUUUGCCAUUUAUUGCUCCCGAGGUAUUAAAAGGUAAAGAAUAUACUCAAGCCUCUGACAUAUAUAGCUUUGGAAUUAUUAUGUGGAUGUUAUCAAGUUGUAUACGUCCUUUCUGUCAAGUCCCUCAUGAUUCUGAGCUUGCAAUGAAAAUUUGUAAUGGUUAUCGUCCAGAAAUCGUUGAUGGUACUCCGGAAGUAUUUUCAACAUUAAUGAAAAGAUGUUGGGAUAAUGAUCCACUUAAACGCCCGAAAGCUAGCGAAUUAAGCGACAUUUUAGGGUGUUGGGUUACUGCUAUCUGUGAUGAUCCGGAUCCAUCUCAAAUUUCCGAACAAUUUGAUGAAGCUGAAGAGAAAAAAUUUUUAGAAUUAGAGAAAAAACAAUUUAAACGACCAGAAGUUCACCCUCUAGCAAUAUAUAACAGCCAGUUUAUUCGGUUUCCAGUUUCUUAG